UUCUCUCUUUCUUUUAAACUCUGAAAUUAAACACUCACAAGUAGUAAAACUCCAUGGAACCAGCCACUUCUUCUGGGUCAUGCAGACCUGACCCAAAACCCUCAACCACGUCAGCACGACGACCACCAAGCCGUUACGAGUCACAGAAACGCCGCGACUGGAACACGUUUCUACAAUACCUAAGAAACCACAAACCCCCUCUAACGCUAACGCUGUGCAGCGGGUCGCACGUGCUCGAGUUCCUCAAGUACCUAGACCAAUUCGGAAAAACCAAAGUCCACGUGACAACAUGUUUUUUCUUCGGCCACUCCGACCCAACAUCUCCUUGCGCUUGUCCGCACAAACAAGCUUGGGGAUCUCUGGACUCGUUGAUCGGACGCCUUAGAGCAGCUUACGAGGAAAACGGUGGACGGCCGGAUACGAACCCGUUUGCUGCACGCGCAGUUAGGAUUUACCUUAGGGAAGUCAAAGGGAAUCAAGCUAAGGCUCGUGGAGUUACUUAUCAGAAAAAGAGACGGUAACCUACCGUUACUACCGGCAGACUGGAUGUGUAUUAAACGAGUGGAAUCGUCGUCUCCGGGCAGGCCCGUUUUAUAGUGGUGAUUAUCUUGCUGCCUCCGGAGCCUUACUUCCAUAGGUUAAUAUAAUAAUCAUACAUAUUUUGCUUAUCUUUACCCAUAUAUGUUUUUCUUGUGCAACUCUUUCCCCAUAUAUGUAUGUUGUAUAAAAUCAUAUUUCUUUUUAUC